GCAGGCACGCUCAAGAUGGAUGCCAGAAUGGUUGUUGACCUCCUUUACUGGCGAGACAUCAAGAAGACAGGAGUGGUGUUUGGUGCCAGCUUGUUCCUGCUGCUUUCAUUAACAGUGUUCAGCAUCGUGAGCGUGACAGCUUACAUUGUCUUGGCCCUGCUUUCUGUGACCAUCAGCUUUAGGAUAUACAAGGGAGUUAUCCAGGCAAUCCAAAAGUCUGAUGAAGGCCACCCAUUUAGGGCUUACUUGGAGUCGGAUGUAGCUGUGUCGCAAGAGCUGAUUCAGAAAUACAGCAACGUUGUGCUUGGCCACAUCAACGGCACAGUCAAAGAGCUGAGGCGUCUCUUCCUAGUCGAUGACUUGGUUGAUUCCCUGAAGUUUGCGGUGUUGAUGUGGGUGUUCACUUACGUUGGUGCCUUGUUUAAUGGGCUGACAUUACUGAUUCUGGCUUUGAUCUCGCUCUUCAGUGUUCCUGUUAUUUAUGAGAGACACCAGGCCCAAAUUGACCAUUACCUGGGACUUGUGAACAAGAACGUCAAAGACGCGAUGGCCAAGAUCCAAGCGAAGAUCCCUGGGUUGAAGCGCAAAACUGAAUAAAAAGCCUGAAGCGACGUACUUGAUAGGAAGUUCAUCUUUUAAGGGGGAAAAAAUACUCAUUUGGAUUUACACGGGGAGGGUCAGGGAAUAGCAAAGCCCUUGACAUUGCAGUGCAAUUUCACAGAUCUUUAUUUUUUAGCAACGCAGUGUUUGAGGAAACAAACAAAGUAACUGUUUUGACUGCCAUGUGUUUCAUCAUUAAGUAUUGUAAGCUGCUGUGUAUGGAUCUAAAACUAAUCAUCUUCCUUUAUCCUGUGUGCAGCACUGGCUAACGCAAGCGAGCUGCGAAAGCUGUACAUUUUGCUUAGCAGAGGUAGUCCCCGCUGCGUUCCGGAGGAGGUAGUGCAGGUGGAGCGGAGGAGAACACUUCCCGGUUUGUUGCACUGUGUAUGGUCUGUGUAGAUUGAUGCAGAAUUUUCUAAAAUGAGAUGUUUUAGAAGAAUAUACCAUCCUAGCAAGUUUUGAAGAAUCUUGCCUUUUUGGUAUGAGUAUAGCUGUAUUGUGAUUUUAUUGUUUUAUCAAUUGCCAAUAUAUAUAUAUAUAUCUGUGUUUCACAAAGCUUAGAUCUUUCAGCUGCUCCACAGUGCUUUGUACUGCAGAGAAUUGACUGAUUUCUGAACUAGCUCCAUAGCACACAAGCUUGAAAAGCUAAACCGUCUCCGUAAACACUAGCAUCUGGUUAAUAAAACACCCGAGAGGAACGAACAAAAGGAGCCUCCACAUCUGUUAAAACGACAGCGUACGCGCGCUUCGUGGCGCGAAGGUGCAGUAGGUGGUUUGGAGCAAGUAAUUCUCCAGUCUCUCAAGCUCUGAUCAGCUGUGGGCCGAAUAUCGAAUGCUGCAAACGGUGUUUGGAAACGUUCAAAACCUUGUGACGCAAGAAUCGCUGAAUGAAAAUUGAUGCACUUGCAGUUUGGGCUGUAUUGAACUAAGUCUGUGGAAUGCAUUG